GUUGACGGUUGAGGACUUCCAAUUGUUGCCUCUUCCCUCCACUGGUUCUUUGCCAAACACCGCAUUGCAAUGCCUUAAUGGCACAUUUGCGCGAGUACUUGCACGUUGCAGUACCACCUCCGUCGACGGAUGGCGGAGUAGCAGUUAUUGAUCUUUGUAACUAUCUCGCGAAGAUCGACCGCGAGUACGCAACGCAACGGUACGUCGACAUCGACGCGCCGCUCCUCUACAUCCGCAUUCAAAUCGGAAAGGCGACCUGCAGUGCCUUGAAUGAUUGUGGAGCGACUCACAACUACAUCAGCCAAGACUUUAUGGCACGCGCCGGGCUAGGCCCGCGCGUUCGAAGGAAAAGUCAGCCUACGCACGUCACGUUGGCUGAUGGUCACACGCAAAAGUCAAUCGACCGUUGCGUUGACUCCGUGCCCGUGUACUUUGCCCCGCUAGCAUGCAAGGUCGUGUCAUUCGACAUAUUGGACACUAACUUCGAUAUGAUCUUAGGCAUGUCGUGGCUGCAAAGCGAAGACCAUCCAUUGAACUUCUAUCGACGCACCGUUCACGUUCGUGAUCGGCGUGACGAACUAGUCCCGUGUACGGUGCCGCUUCCUCAUCCUUCGAUUGGUUGUCACGUGGUCUCCGCGGCGAGCAUUCGCCAAUCCAUCUGGCGGAAUGACAUCGAGGAGAUGGGCAUAUGUUUUCUUCACGCCCUCCCACCCGGUGAUCAGCCCAAGACGGACACAUCGGACCCACGCAUCAUUGAGCUUUUGGACAGCUAUGAGGAUGUCUUCCAAGCUCCCGCCAGAGUCAUACCGGAUCGGCCCAUACGCCACGGGAUCACUAUCGAGUACGGCGCCGUACCUCCGCGCGGAUGUAUCUACCGCAUGAGCGAAGUGGAGCUUCAAGUGCUUCGGGCACAACUAGACGACCUCUUGGCCAAGGGCUGGAUUCGCACUAGUUGUUCGCCAUACGGUGCUCCCGUUCUCUUCGUCCGGAAGAAGAACAAGGACCUUCGUUUGUGCAUCGACUAUCGGAAACUUAACGCGCAAACAAUCAAGUACGCCGGCCGUCUCCCUCGGAUCGAUGAUCUUCUCGAGCGGCUAGGCGGCGCCCAGUACUUCUCGAAGCUUGACCUCAAGUCCGGAUAUCACCAGAUCGAGAUCCAGCCAAGAGAUCGGUACAAAACCGCAUUCAAGAUGCGGUAUGGGCACUUUGAGUGGAUCGUCAUGCCUUUCGGUCUCACCAAUGCCCGACUACUUUCCAAGCGGCUAUGACGACGGAAUUCCACGACCUGC